AAUACUUGUUCUCUCCGCAGGCUCCGAAGCUGGCUGAGACCUAUUGCGUCUGCCACCUGGCCACCGGGGACAUGCUGCGGGCCAUGGUGGCCUCAGGGUCGGAGCUGGGCAAGCGGCUCAAAGAGACGAUGGAUUCGGGGAAGUUGGUGAGCGACGAGAUGGUGGUGGAGCUUAUUGAGAAUAACCUUGACUCCCCUCCCUGCAAAAAUGGCUUCCUUCUGGAUGGCUUCCCACGCACUGUGAGGCAGGCAGAAAUGCUGGAUGAGCUCCUGGAGAAGAGGAGAGAGAAGCUGGACUCUGUCGUUGAGUUCAGCAUCCCCGACUCCUUACUCAUCCGGAGAAUCACUGGACGGCUGAUUCACCCAGCAAGUGGCCGUUCUUAUCACGAGGAGUUCAGACCCCCGAAAGAGCACAUGAAGGACGAUGUCACUGGAGAGCCUCUGAUCCGCCGUUCAGAUGAUAACGAAACUGCCUUGAAAACCCGCCUGAAGGCCUAUCACACGCAGACCUCCCCCCUGGUCUCCUACUACAGCAAGCGAGGGAUCCAUACGGCAGUGGACGCCUCCCAGUCUCCCGACGUCGUGUUUGCUAGCAUCCUGGCAGCCUUCUCAAGAGCAACAUUGCGGCCAGUUGGGACCUGCUGAGGAUAAGAAUAGGACUUGGAAGUCAGUUUUCUCCUUGGCCAAAGCCACGGGAAGAGUGAAGAGAGAUGAAGAUGUGUUGAGCCUCUCCUGAUCCCAAAGUCUAAAUAAAGCCUUAUUUCAAAAUGAGUAAUUUUUCAAGGCCUGGGAGACAGAGUUAUUAACCACUGCUUUCACGUGCCCUUGAGCCAGCGACCUUCCUUAUGAGAUCACGGAAAUGUACUUGUGUGGUUUUUUUUUGUGUUUUUUUUUUUUUUUGAGCAAAUCAAACAGCUCAGUCUGGCUCUCCGUUUGAGGACAUUGUGUGCGUUGUGGUUAGUGCCCCAGCUUCCCAGGACCUUAUGUUGCUAUAUAGCAACCCUAUAAGCUAGUAAUGACCUUUGCCCCUGUAGGAAUUCAGCUCUACCUAGAGGCCCCUGCUGUAAAUACAGACUGGCCCAGAUAAAACUUGCUGUCCUUUGGCCUUCCAUCUAUGUUUGCUGACUUAGUGUUACUGAGUACCUUUCUCUUAGGGGAGAUGACAUGUCUCCCUCCGCUGUGUGCCAAGCUGCCAUGGGUGGUGUGUCCAGAGCAGAUGUCCAACCCUCAGGAAUCCUUUACUCUUUUUCUUGGUAAUUUCUCUUUUUUCAGAAAAUCAUUCACUGUCACAUUUACGUCCUUUCCAAGGAAACAAUCUCUUCUCGUUCAGCAAACUGGAAAUAAUCCUAGAAACUGAAAGCAGUCUUCUUGUUGCUCUUGAAAGCAUGUGACUGCCAGGAGAGGGGUCUGAAAGUAACCAGUAGUUCUGGUUUCGUCAGCAGCCCGUAGUCCCCUGAGAUUUCCCCAGAUGGCCAUUGCCUUGUUGCUCGUCUCUCGCUUUCCUGUGAAAGGGCAGCCCCAGCACAUGGAGUCAGUGUGCUGGGAGGUCAGGAUAGCAGCAGCAGAACUGUUGUGCUGCAAGCAGCAGAGAGGAGACUGCGUACGUUAGAGCUGCUUCUUCAUCUCGAUGAAUAUAAAGACAUUACGAGCGGAAGCAGCUUUUAUCUUGGCAUUUCUUGGCCAGUUCAUGUUCCUGGAUUUGGUCAAGGUUUUACUCCACAGCAAGAACAACGUGUUCUUCCGCUCUUUGCUCCUUUCCUCCUCGUGUUCACUUUGUAUCCAGCUCACCAGCCUUUCUCAGCCAUAAACGAUGAUUCAUUUUGGUUUUUUCCCCCUAAAUCUAUUUUUUUCUCUCUUUGUUCCCAUUUA